AUGAAAUUCACCACCUCCAUCACCCUGGCCUCCAUCCUGGCCGCUGUGCAGGUCAGCAGUGCCGUGCCCCAUGUGCCUCGUCACUCGUCUUCCUCUACGCCAUCUGUGCCCUGCAGCACUGGCGUGCCCAGCUCGUCGGUUCCUGCUAUUUCGUCCCACUCGAUCCCAGUUCCUUCUAAGACGCCCUCGAGCUCUAUCAAGGUGUCCAGCUCUAUCCCUUACUCGAGCGUUUCCGUGUCGAUUCCUACUAUCACCAGGACUAUUCCGGCGAGCAGCUCCUCGAACCCGAGUUCUAGUCCCGUUGCUAGCUCGUCGAAGCCCUCUAGCUCGAUGAAGGCUCCCAGCUCCACUAAGGCUCCCAGUUCAACCAAGGUGCCCUCGUCAGUCACCAGCGCUCCGAAGAUGACCACCUCGACUGUCUACACCACCUCCGAGGUAACCAUCACCCAGUGCGCCACCACCGUUACGAACUGCCCAGCUGAAUCGACCACCGUGGUGACUUCCAUCAUCCCCGUAACAACCACCAUCUGCCCAGUCACCGAGACUGAGUCCGAUACUAGCAAGACCACGCCCCCCGCGCAGGGCAGCACCGUCACCGAGGAAAUCUACACGACCACGACCAUCUGCCCCGUCACUGCUACUAUGACCUCGGGCUCUAGUGUCAUCACCUCGACCUACAGCACCGUCUCCACCAUGACCGUGACUCCCACCCGCUCCCCCAGCUCCAGCUCCGUGGUUAUCACCCUGACCCCGGCCGAGUCAGCUACGACCGUCACCACCUUCGAGAGUACCACUAUCUGCCCCAUCACCGCGACUAUGACUUCGGGAUCUAGUACUUACACCUCGACCUACCACACCGUCUCGACCAUGACCGUGACCAGCCCCGUCGUGUCGUCGUCCGUUGCUACUAGUUCCGCCACCAGUGUGAUUGUGCCUAGUGGCUCUUACUCUGCUCCUCCCAGCAGCACCCCCGUCGUUAGCGUUGCUGCUUCGUCGACGAUGAAGAGCAGUGCGCUUCCUACUUCGGUUCCCACCUCUCCUAGCGCUUCCUCGCCCAGCCAGACCCCCUCUUACAACGCUGCUGUCUCGGUUAGCGUGUCCUCCGGUCUCUGGAUGGCGGUUGCCGCGGUGCUGUCCCUGGUUGUCCUGUGA